AUGCAGUUAACACAUCAGCUGGACCUAUUUCCUGAAUACAGGGUGACCCUUCUUUUAUUUAAAGAUGUAGAAAAUGCUGCUGGCUUGAGAAAAAAGGCCAUGGAAGGUGCCAUUGAUGGCUCAUUAAUAAACCCUGCAAUGAUUGUUGAUCCAUUUCAGAUAAUUGUGGCCGCAAACAAAGCAGUUCACCUCUACAAACUGGGGAAAAUGAAGACAAGAACUCUAUCCACUGAAGUUAUUUUCAAUCUUUCCCCAAAUAACAAUAUUUCAGAGGCCUUGAAAAAAUUUGGUAUCUCAGCAAAUGAUACUUCGGUUUUGAUUGCUUAUAUUGAAGAGGGUGAAAAACAAAUAAAUCAAGAAUACCUAAUAUCUCAGGUAGAAGGUCAUCAGGUUCCUCUGAAAAGUCUCCCCGAAAUAACAAAUAUUACAGAAGUCAAAAAGGUAUAUAAACUAUCUUCACAAGAAGAAAGUAUUGGAACAUUAUUGGAUGGUAUAAUUUGUAGAAUGUCAACAAAAGAUGUUUUGUGA